AUUUAUAACAAUUAAUUCCCUUCGGUGAUGCUCACAGGAUUUCUAAUCUAGGGCUUUCGCUUCCAAUGGAUCCGAUCAAGAAGCGCAAGAUUGACGAUAACGGCGUCAUAAUUGUCGACACAGAUGCCUUCAUCCCUUACAAACUCAACCUCGAAGAUGCCCGCAAAAUUGCCGAGCCCUUUUCUCAUGAACAGUUGUUGGAAAUUGUUCAAAACGCCGUUCUCCGUCAUCCUGAUGUACUUGACGCCGUCAGGUCCAUAGCUGACCGGGACGUGACCCUGCGGAAGCUAUUUAUCCGUGGACUCGGAUGGGAGACCACUACAGAUGGACUCCGUGCUGUGUUCUCGAGCUAUGGCGAGUUAGCUGAGGCGGUGGUUAUUCUCGACAAGGCUACGGGUAAGUCAAAGGGUUAUGGGUUUAUUACUUUUAAGCAUGUUGAUGGUGCUGUGUUGGCUUUGAAGGAGCCGAGUAAGAAAAUUGAUGGUAGGAUGACGGUUACCCAGCUUGCAGCGGCUGGUAUGUCUGGGGGAAGUGGGCCUGGGGUGGGUAGUGUUGGGGAAGGAAAUAAUCAUGUGGAUGUGUCGGCAAGGAAGAUUUAUGUGGCUAAUGUGCCUUAUGAUAUGCCUGCUGAGAGGCUGUUGCAGCACUUUUCCAUGUAUGGGGAGAUAGAGGAGGGGCCUUUGGGCUUUGAUAAGGCAACGGGGAAGUCCAAGGGGUUUGCUCUGUUUGUUUAUAAGACAGCCGAGGCUGCGAGAGCUUCACUUGUGGAUCCGAUGAAAAAUAUUGACGGGCAUCAGCUAAAUUGUAAGCUGGCGAUUGAUGGGAAAAGAGGGAAGCCUCCCAUGAUGGGGGCUGCCGGACCUGUUGGAGCUCAGCAGGUGGGUAAUGCAGAUGGGAUAGGGGGGACAAUCUCGGGUGGACAGUAUGGUGGGAUUGGUAGGCAGUAUACUGGGUUUUCGGGGCCUUUGGGUGCUGGUGGUGGUGUAGGUGGUCAGGCGACCCCAGCAGUUGGAAGCCAGGCUGCAGGGUUGCAUUUGGGGGCUGGUGGUGGGUUUGGAUCUGCACUUGUUGGGCCUUAUGCUGGUGGGACAAAUUCUGUUGGGCCUGGUGCAACUGGAUAUAAUAGACUGGGAAUUUCCAGUAGUGGGUUAGGCGGUGCUGGUGGAUUGCGUGGUGCUGGUGAUGGAUAUGGUGGGGUUAGAGCUGGAUUAGGUGGUUCUGGUGGUGGAUUGGGUGGAGUUGGAGGUGGACUGGGUGGUGGACCAGGUGGAGUCGGAGGCGGACUGAGUGAUGUUGGCAGCAGAUUGAGUGGUGUAGGUCGUGGGCCAUCCUUGUUUGGUUUGCCACCAAGCUCAGCUGGAACAGGUUCAGGAAAUUAUCAACGGAGUGCACAGUACAGUUUGUCAUCUGGUGGGUAUCAAAGCCAGCAUAAUCAACCUUCAGGAACAUCGUCAGCACCUAGAGUCCCGCCUGGGGAAAUGUACCAGGGGAUGCACCCUUACUACUAAGCCCGUUCUACAAGGAUUGCACAGCUCUUGCGAAUGCAAGUUUCUUUGGAUAUGCAGGAAACAUCCCUACUGUUUAUGUUUGGCUUCUAAAGCACCACAUAAACAGCCUCCCUACUCAUAAAGCGGCUAUUGGCUUCCUAUUUGACCGCCAUAAUUCGAGUAGAGGCUGGGUAUUAUCAUGGGAUUGAGAUGAGAGGUCGUGAUAGAUGGGAGUGGGUGAAGAGUGUAAGCAUUUGCUCCAUACGAUCACCUCCCCAACCCUCAAUCUUCCUUUUUAGAGGAUGUCCUACAAAUUUCUUUUCCCACAUGAGUAGUAGUGUGGAACUUUUGCUUACUUCUCAUCUUAUCCAACUGGCUGCUGAUGUACCUGGUUGCUUAUGUCAUAUGCCUUAAGCCAAGCCUUGCCCUCUUCUUAAUACACAAUGUUCAAUUCAGCUAGUAGAAGCUACACUAGGAAUCUUUUUGAAGAAUUCAUGUAAUAGAUGUGCUCAACUUACAGUAACCCACAUCCAUCCUUGUCUGGGAGCUGCUGUGUAGAAACUUAGGCAUUACUAAUUAGAGCUUGGGAAUUGAUGAAAUAUUGAUCAUUUUUUGAAAAACUUUUAAGUUGUUUAAAUCAUUUUCUGUACCACUGAAGAUUAAUUGAUCAAGUAAUUCUGCUAUUUUUUUGGUCUGGUUCUUUAUCUUUAUCAUAUGCUUUUUGACAUUUGGUAGCUUGCCUUCUAAAAUAAUUUUAUGAACUCUAAUUCUUGUUAUUGGUGAAAUUUUGGCAGCUUCUCAUAUUAUGUUCUUUUUAUUCAGUCUGUUUUGUCUGUUGGAUGUGUCAUGAUGUAUUGAGUUGUGAAUGAAUGUUUGAUUAAGGUUUGUAACAACUUGUUG